AUGGGCGCCGCAUUGUCGCUCCCGUUCCUCGCCAUGCCCGCCAUGGGCACAGUAUGGAGCGUCGCCGCCUCCUGCUGUGGCGCGGCCACCUGCAGCGCCGUCAUGGGCUCCUGCGGUGGAAAGUGCGGAAACAGCAUCGCUACCCGUAUCGCAUACGCCCUCAUUCUCCUCAUCAACUCGAUCGUCUCGUGGAUCAUGCUCACCGACUGGGCCAUGAAGAAGCUCUCGAAGCUCACCCUCGACUACGUCGACAUCAAGUGCCACGGCGAGCAGUGCUACGGCUUUGUCGCCGUCCAGCGCAUCAACUUCGCCCUCGGCUUCUUCCACGUCCUCAUGGCCCUCAUGCUCGUCGGCGUUCGAUCCUCCAAGGAUGGCCGCGCCAGGAUUCAGAACGGCUUCUGGGGCCCCAAGAUCCUUGGCUGGAUUGCCAUGAUCGUCCUGACCUUCUUCAUUCCGAACUCGUUCUUCAUCGUCUGGGGCAAUUACUUCGCCAUGGGCGGAGCCUGCCUCUUUCUGCUCGUUGGUCUCAUCCUGCUCGUCGAUCUGGCGCACAACUGGGCCGAGUACUGCCAGGAGAAGAUCGAGACAUCUGAGUCGAGGAUGUGGACGGCGCUGCUCGUUGGCUCUGCGCUGUUCAUGUACCUCGCAUCGUUCGCCAUGACGAUCGUCAUGUACAUCUACUUCGCCAAGAGUGGAUGCGGCAUGAACCAGGCAGCCAUUACUAUCAACCUCCUGCUCCUCCUCGUCACAUCCGUCAUCUCGAUCCACCCCGCCGUCCAAAACGUCAACCCCCGCGCCGGUCUCGCGCAAUCCGCCAUCGUAGCAAUCUACUGCACCUACCUGACCCUCUCCGCCGUAGGCAUGGAACCCGACGACCACCAAUGCAACCCACUGAUCCGCGCCCGCGGCACCCGCAAGGCCACCAUCAUCAUCGGCGCCAUCGUAACCUUCAUAACCGUCGCCUACACCACGACCCGCGCCGCCACCUACGGCCUCGCCCUCGGCUCGCAAGGCAACUCGUACGGCAACGGCUACGCGCAAGUCGGCACCGACGACUACGAGCACGGUCUCGUAACCCAACAGCCCUCAUCGCGCCGCGACAUGCGCCAGGCCGCGCUCCGCGCCGCCGUCGAAUCCGGCUCGCUCCCUGCCUCCGCGCUCGACGACUCCGAUUCGGAGGACGAGGACGACGCGCCGUCCAAGGCGCCGCGCGACGAUGAGAGGAAUGCGACGCAGUACAACUACAGUCUCUUCCACGUCAUCUUCUUCCUGAGUACCGCGUGGGUCGCGACGCUGCUCACAAGCAACUUUGAUGAGAAGGCAAUGACAGGUUUUGUACCCGUGGGACGCACGUACUGGGCCAGUUGGGCCAAGAUUAUCAGUGCGUGGGUGUGCUAUGCGAUUUAUGGGUGGAGUUUGGUUGCGCCGCUUGUGUUGCCUGAUCGGUUCGAUUACUAG